UUCUCUUAUUAAUUGUCUUUGAGAUUUUCUUUUGCUCGCAAAACUUGAGGCAUUAGCAAAUAUAUUUUAAUUUCGCACCCCUGAUGGAUUACAGGGAUAUUGUCAGAGACAGUAGCUCAUGGUUUGUUCGUGUUUAAAGGGGCAGUCCAGGCGGAGAGAGCGUGAAUACUGAAGGUGGGUCUGUGGAGCAGACUACCACUGCUGCUACUGAUGUCGCUGGUCGACUGACACCAAGUCUUUCUUCGCCAUAGAAGUUUGUCAGGAGAAUAGGCGUGCUAAUUCGGCUUUCAACACAUCCUAGAGUGAUUAAGCCGAGAGAAUAACGGACAUGAACCUGGAUGUACCUUUGUGCGCUCGAGCGCUUUUCUUGGCUCAACUUCUGGCUUCAUUCCUGUUCAGCCCUGUGCAAGGUCAAAGUGAUGGCAGUGGCGUGGUGGUGGCCAUGUACAAUAUCAGCGCCUCCCAGGGAUCUCAGGCGGUAUUGCAAUGUCAUAGUCAGCGCAUGGUGUGGACACAAGACCGAUUAAAGGACCGCCAAAGGGUAGUGCACUGGGAUUUACUUCGUAGUGGCCCAGACCACGCAAUGGAACGUGUCAUAGACAUGUUUUCUGCUGGAGACCAACGCAUCUACAACGGCUACAACCAGGGCCGCAUAAACAUGCCCAAGACUGCUUUUAAGGAUGGCAACUUCUCAUUGGUAAUCAAAGAAGUUGCAAUGAGUGACAAAGGAAUCUACUCCUGUAACCUGCAUCAUCAUUACUGCCACCUGUAUGAGUCGAUCAAAGUUCAGCUUAAUGUCACCAAAUCAGCACGUAAGGAGAGACGGUUUUGGGAUGGUCAGAAGGCAGUGUUGGUGGUUCUGGUGGGCAGCACAGUGGUUCUCCCUUGCGUUAACCGCCGGCCUAUCUGGACAGAGGGCAACAGUCAGGAGGACCAACAACAAGUGGUGCACUGGGACCGUCAGCCUCCAGGGGUCCGACACGACCGUGCCGAUCGGCUCAUUGACCUGUACGCUUCUGGUGAGAGGCGUCACUAUGGACCACUGUUUGUUCAGCAAAAGAUGAAUAUAUCUGCCACAGCGUUCUCGCAGGGAGAUUUCUCUCUGAUCAUCUCAGACACCCAGCCUCUGGAUCAGGGUCUAUACUCUUGUCAUCUCCACCAUCACUACUGCGGUCUGCAUGAGAGACGCAUCUUCCAGCUUACCGUGACACCUCCAGUCCCUCAGAUCCCUCAGGAACCCACAGAUGAACCUCAGUAUCUUCCCAAUGAAGACCCAAACACGAAUAUGGUGGAAGUGCCGCCACAUGUAAUCAACGUCAUCUUGCCAGAGCAAAGGAGUCACUUCCUGCAGCAGCUGGGCUACAUCCUGGCGACUCUCCUCUUAUUGGCCCUUAUCGUGUUGGCUGUCGUUCUCCUCACACGUCUCCGGAAAAGACAAGGCCAGGAUUUUGAUCCACGUAAAGUGGAAAGUCCACCUCUGCCGACGGUGACGUAUGUGGGCCACACAUCAUGUGUUAAGAAAGAAUGUGAGCGAAGUAUCCCAGAAGUGAAGUCAAGCAACCAAGAGGAGACGAAGUUGGACUACAAGAACAAUCUUCUGAAGGAAGCGGAAAUGUCCAAACUUUGCUCCCAAAAAUCUAUUGACCUGGACAGAGAGAUGGAGAAGCCAUCUUGGAAAUAAGAGGUACCUUGCCACUGGCUGGUCCAGGGGCAGAUCUGGAAACGGAUGAAGAGAGGUGACAAUAUGGCAAGGAAAUAAGUGAAAAGGAGAGGACACAGUUGUAUCUUUUUUUUUAUCCUGACUCAAGAUCCUUCAUAUGUUUGGCUCUUGUGAAGCUUGCAGGAAGCAAGAAGGAGUCUCACCAGCAGUCUUUUGUUCAACUGAUAUAUCAGACUAAUGGCAAACAACUGUUUCAGAGCACUAAAAUGACAAGCAAAAAGCUUAAAAAUGCAAGAGUCUGCAUUUUUUUUAUGAAUUUUUGCCCAGUGCUGCCACGCGAUUUAUGAGUGAGAAUAAAACACAGACAGAAUUCUGUGUCCUACGUGUCAGAAUGUUUAUACUGGUGUGAGGUAUGAGCUAUGUAAAGAUGAGGCCUGACCGAGGCUGGGACAUGAACAGUUAUGUGAGGAAGAUCCUUCUUAUUCUUUGUGGAAUUUAAAAAACAUUGCAAUUUAGCUGGUACAGUUUUAGAUGAUUUUGUAAUUAAACGUGUAAUUAAAAAUCCAUAGCUGUAUGGCCACAAAUACUGCAGAAGCUAUUGCUGCAUCACAAAAUGCAUAUUC